AUGUUACGGAAGAAAAGGAUAACAGAUUUUGAGGCAGGAAAAGAAAUUCACAAAAAGCACGAUAAAAGACUCUUUACAGUUCAAGCAGGUCUCUUCGGUAACCCAAGGCCGCCUGGAGCAACAGUGGCUUACAUACGAUGGCCAUCUUCUUUUAUCUCUGGGCCGCAGGCACCUCAUUACACCGCUUUACCCAUCAGGCCGCAUUCUCUUUUGCAUGCUCGGUUUGUAAAGCCCGUCGAUGUUGCAGUAGGACAAACUAGUUUAACAUGCAAAAAAUGCAGCUGCUGCACCAUCGGACCCUUCGGAUCCAUCGAUCGAGGAGGAAAAGACUGCUGCGAUUGUCGCAAAUGUUAUGGACAACCUCCUGGAAACGGCUACCCACCUCCAACUGUGGCUCCUCCGCCCCCUGUUCCAAUCUAUCCCACGACUCUUCCACAUCCUCCUGGUCCCCCAGGA